AUGGCAGCAACUUGGCGGGAUAUACAACUGCAGAUAACUUCAAUGAGUUCGAAGUUAAUGGCACGUGCUACUGACGUUAUACGCGUUUCGGGUCCAUCUGCCAAAGAGGAAAAGAUAGCAUUCCCGAUGAACCAUAUUAUACAGACAGAUGUUGAUAAUGUCAAAGGUUACCGAAUAUAUGACCCAGUAAAGAACAAAGUCACCACAAGUAGGGAUGUUAUAAUACAAGAAAAACCCAAGCCACAAGAGACAGUAACAGUUUCUCUAGAAAGCACAGAUUCAGUGGGGGAGUUGGUAGAGGAGUCUGUGGUGAAACUUGAACCCCUAAACAAAUCAAGUUCUUCAGAAUCUGAUUAUUUGGAUGUUGAUGAAGAACUUGAUUUGUUUAGGGUGGACACUACCGCACAGUACGACGCUGUUCGGGCGUAUCUAAAAGAGUUAGACAUCUCGAGUGCCGUGUGGGUUGGUCUUAUACGCAGCAACCCUGAUGGUGACUUCACUUGGACAGACUAUCGCGGUUUAAGUGGCGAUGGGUAUUGGAGUGCAGCACCAGACGCCCGCUCUGCGCCAUUAUGUGCCGCUGCCGACCCCGCCGCUGACUACCGGUGGGAGGCACGUGCCUGCGGUGGACCCUCAGUUGCUUCAUUCAUCUGUGAACUACCAGUUCCGCAGUGGGCGCUUGGAAAUGAAGGAUGCAUGGUACGAGCAUUACCAGCACUAACUGUGUUAUAUUUACCUGAGAGUGCUGCAGUGCAAUUGACUGCAGAUUGUGGGUUAGCUGGAGUAAAGAGAGUUCAAUGCACCGGAAACGUGAAACGGGAAGAUCUUCUAAAAGAACUGUCUUGUACCGAAGAAGAGCAAACAACUGCUUCACCAAUUAUAACAACACCACUUAUAUCGUGGCAGACUGCAACAGAUACAACAUUUUCUGAUCAGGACACAAGUAAUGAAGUUAACACAGAAGAAAAUAUUACUACUGAACAUGAAGAUGAUAUCAACCAAUCAACUUCUAUUAAGCUACUAUCUACCAUUCAAAAUUCUCUUCUUAGUACUACAGAACAAUUAGUGAUGACACAACCACCAAUCAUCAAUAAACUCUAUAAAGUCCCGUUAGAAAAAAAUAUCAACUUAGACAUAGUACAUAAUAAUUUACUUUACGAUAAUCAAAAGCUACCCAACAACGAUGACUUGUUUACAAAUGCCCAAACUAAGAAGUUAGAAGAAGAAAAAAACUUGCAACACCAAAAACUACACGUUGAACUUGCGCGUCUUGGAAAUUUAGAAACAAUAUUUAGUCAACCCACAGAUCAUUUUGUGCCACCUUUGGUGAUGGCUAAAGCAAAAAUCAGUGAUGAUAUGACUGCACUGUCAAUAGAGGAAAAAUUAGCUCAACAACUUUCAGAACAUAAUGGUAUGCAAAGGGAUUCUGAAAAUUUAAAAGAUUUGACAAGUACUGAAAUACCAACCAAAGACAUAGCAGCUGAAAAUUCAAUGAAUAAUUCGUUGUUUUCAACUAAAACAAAUGAUAAUCAAUAUAUCGAUUACUCGAAAUAUCUUGUGCCAAAGAAAUACACGAAAUAUGAUGAAAUGAAAACUAAAAUGUCAAAGAACAUAAAAUUAGAAAAAAAUUCGAAAUCUUCUGUCGAUACAACUUCAAAUAACCCAAACGCUGAAGAAAUAGAUACGACUACUGUAAAAUCAUAUGCACAAAACUUCCACACCAGUAAUAUCGUCCGCCAAAUUGAAGAAGAUACAUCUCUUGAGCUUACUGUUAUCAUAAAGGAACCUAGACUCCACGACGAAGAUAACUUUACUCAAGAAAAUAAUUCUCAAAUUAUCUAUGGUCAAAAUCACCAUAAUUUACCAGCAAAUAUAUCCCCUGUUGAAAGUUUGGUGGCGUCUCCAAUAGAACAUAAAGUUGUUAUGAAUGACGAAGUGAUAAAAAUAGAAAUAAUUAAAAACAACAAUAAACAUCCUAACAUAGACGUGACAGUGUUUGAAGUAACAACCAAAGUUCCUGUUUCUGAAAAUAAAAUUAAAAAUAAUACUAACAUUGAUUCCGAGCAAUCUAAAAUAGAUACAACAUUGGAAAAUAAUGUUUCAUCUUCAAAGGAUACUACUCCAGAUGUUUCUGAAAAUGACUUGAUAACUGCCUCUAUUCGAUCCACCGUUGACAAUAUCACCUUAUCAGAUUCAUCAACCCAAACAACAGGAGCAACGUUAAUAACAAUUGUAGCAGAUGUGGAUACUGAGGCCGAUAGUAAUUUAACAUUGAAUUAUAAGGAAAAAAAUAACACUGAAGAAUCCAUAAUGCUAUAUAACGCAUCAAUAUCGGAAAAUAAUAAUGAAUUUAAUGAAACAGAUAUUACAGAUAAUAUGGAAAAGAAUAUGACCGAUACAACACCUGAUAUUGAUGAUUUUCAAUCUCCAUUACUUUCUGCUGCAAAUGAACCUUUGCAUAAACCUACCCGGUCAAGGCGACCACAAUCAUUACAAAAUCGGAAUAAUAAAUUUAAUCCGUUUCGUAUAUUAGGUUAAGUGCAAUAUAACUAACACCAUUAUCCUAUUUUCCAACUGCCAUGAAAUGAUUUCUAUUACUAAUAACAAUGACUGAACCAAAUUAAACCAUCUGAUAAAACUAGCAUUA